GAGGUGAAGGAUCUGCAGGGGGUGAAGGAGGUGCAGGAGGUGAAGGAUCUGCAGGGGGUGAAGGAGGUGCAGGAGGUGCAGGAGGAUGAGGAGGAGAGGGGAGCAGAUGGAGGACAGCUCAACACUCAUCGCCAUGGAAACCCAGACGGAGAAGAAGUACGGCAGCAUCACCACGAAUGCACUUGUUCAGCCCCAGGACAGGAACGUCUUCAGUGACGGGUCGACUCGAGUUGACUUCGUGUUGGUGUGGGAGGAGCCUCUGGGCUCACACAAGGCGGCGAGCAGCACCGCACACCAGAAGUGGAGAGAGGUGUUUCUGCAGAAACUGAGAAACUCCGCACUGCUGCAGGAACAGAAGGAGGUCCUUCAGAAGAAGACAAAGAUCUGUUUUGUCCUCCUCAGUGCUCCCUGGAGUGUCCUCUGUUACUACGCUGAGGAGAUCUGUCUCCGAGUCCCUCUGCAGGUCGUCACCGCUCCCAUCACUAACUGGUCUGCGCAGGUUUUGUCCCGGCUGUCCCUCCCCAACCCUCUGUCUCAGGACGUCCCUAACCCCCCACCUGACUACUACACCUGUCAGUUCAGAACCAACAAGCUGCAGAGGUUUCUGGGCAGCGACGACAGAGAGACAUUCUUCAAGACAACUCAAAGACACCAGGUGCUGUAUGAGAUCCUAGCCAGGACUCCAUACGGUUCGUUGAAGCGGGGGGAGGUGGGCAUCGAUCGCCUCCUGAGCGAGCAGGUCUUCACUGCGGCCUUCCCGCUGCAUGAGGGUGGAUUCCAGCUGCCGACCCCCCCGGUGCCCCCCCAGUCCUUAGUUCUGAGACAGAUCCUGUAUUCGUACUGGGCCACGUGGUCCUGCUGGUUCCGCUACCAACCUCUGGAUCACAUCAGGGAAUACUUUGGAGAAAAGAUCGCACUUUACUUUGCCUGGCUCGGUUUCUACACCGGCUGGCUGUUGCCGGCGUCUCUCGUUGGGAUGGUGGUCUUCCUGUUUGGGUUCUGGCUCAUGGCCACUGACGUUCCUGCGAAGGAGUUGUGUGACAGUAAAAACAGCUUCAUCAUGUGUCCUCUCUGUAACAUCUGCUCCCACUGGAACUACUCCAACAUCUGUGUCACCUUCCAGGCAGGUAUCAUGUUUGAUAAUGGAGGAACAGUGUUUCUGAGUGUCUUCAUGUCUCUGUGGGCCGUCACCUUCCUGGAGUACUGGAAGAGAAGUUGUUCAGCGCUGUCUCACCGCUGGGACUGCUCCGAGUUCCAGGACAUCGAGGAGCGACCUCGUCCGGAGUUCACGGCCAUGGCGCCGAUGACCAUAAGGAACCCCGUGACUGGAGCAGAGGAACCCCACUUUCCUCAGAAUAAGCGACUCAACCGAACUCUGACUGGCUGCAUGGUCAUCAUCGUCAUGGUUGCUGUGGUGCUGAUGUUCCUCAUCGCGGUCAUUCUGUAUCGCACCAUUCUUAAAAUCAUCAUCUACAAGUCUGACAGCUUUUUAACAGGCUCUGCCGGGAGGAUAGCCAGUAUUUCAGGUUCUGUGUUGAACCUGUUGGUCAUCCUCAUGUUGUCCAAAGUUUACACAUCACUCGCCCAAAUCCUCACCCGCUGGGGUUUUACUUGUUAA